AGGAAGGAAGCGAGGCAGGCAGGAAGCCACGGACGCGGGCACGCAUUAAGCGAGCGGCCUUGUCUCCCUCUCCGCCAUGGCUUCGUCUUGGUGGGCGCCCAAGGUUUUUCGUUUACUAGGGGGUUUUAAAAGCCAAAAACAGGUGACCAGAAGUUUUGGUAGUGCUAAUCGGACAGUAACUUUGAUCCCAGGAGACGGCAUUGGACCAGAAAUAUCUGCUGCUGUCGUGGAGAUUUUUCAAGCUGCUAAGGCUCCUGUUCAGUUCGAAGAGAGGAACGUGUCUGCAAUUCAAGGUCCAGGAGGAAAAUGGACAAUUCCACAUGAUGCCAAAGAAUCCAUGGACAAGAAUAAGAUAGGACUGAAAGGUCCUUUGAAAACUCCCAUAGCUGCCGGCCACCCGUCAAUGAACCUGCUGCUCCGUAAAACGUUUGACCUUUACGCCAAUAUCCGUCCUUGUGUGUCAAUCGAAGGCUACAAAACCCCUUAUACAGAUGUUGACAUUGUCACAAUACGAGAGAACACAGAGGGCGAAUACAGUGGAAUUGAGCAUGUGAUUGUUGAUGGCGUUGUACAGAGUAUCAAACUCAUCACAGAAGAUGCAAGCAAACGUAUUGCUGACUUUGCAUUUGAGUAUGCUAGAAACAAUCAAAGAAGCAAAGUUACAGCUGUGCAUAAAGCAAAUAUUAUGCGAAUGUCUGAUGGUUUGUUCCUGAAAAAAUGCCGGGAAGCAGCAGAAAACUGUAAAGAUAUUAAGUUUAAUGAAAUGUAUCUCGACACCGUGUGUCUGAAUAUGGUGCAGGAUCCGUCACGGUUUGAUGUCCUUGUUAUGCCAAACUUGUAUGGUGACAUCUUGAGUGAUUUGUGCGCAGGAUUGAUUGGGGGUCUUGGAGUAACGCCGAGUGGGAACAUUGGUGCUAAUGGAGUUGCAAUCUUUGAAUCGGUUCACGGAACAGCUCCAGACAUCGCCGGAAAAGACUUGGCAAAUCCAACGGCGCUUCUCUUGAGCGCGGUGAUGAUGCUGCGUCACAUGGGAAUGCAGGAAUACGCCACCAAAAUAGAAGCCGCAUGCUUUGCUACAAUCAAAGAUGGGAAGGUCUUGACCAAAGAUUUGGGAGGCAACUCAAAGUGCUCAGAGUUCACAGCAGAAAUCUGUGGCAGAGUGAGGGCAAUGGAAUAAAGGCUCUUCGUAUCUCAGUUGUUCCUGAUGGAUGCUGUUACUAAAGCGCAUUUGCUGCCUGCGAUUCAUAUCCAUUCUCUAGAGGAAAGCAAACUUUUAGGCAGGGGUCCUCUUUGUUAAUAAAUCCAGCCCAAAUGGAGAUAAUUAUUCUUGUGCCUGCUUUUGGUGGACUUUUUCCAAGUGCUUGUUCUAUUUAUUUAUUACAUUGCACACUUUUUGUAGAAAUAAAUUCAUUUUAGCAGGCUUUGCAUGAAAUGGUCCAUCAUAAACCCUACUUUCUGGAAACACUUGAUGUUCAGCCCCCCAGAUAAAUGGAAGGGGGAUUUUUAUCACAGCAGCUUUAAAGGAGGCUCUUUUAGCUGUCUGCUAUUCGUAAGCAAUGCAGAAGGUUUUUCUACCUUCAAAUAGCACAAUAUAUUUUUCUAAAGCAAAAGACCUUUAUUAAGCUGGCUAGAAAAUUUGCCAUAAAGAAGUAUUUCCCCUCUGUUCCUGGCACCUGAAACCUGUCCUUCAAAAGCAUGAAUAAAGACUUGAAACUAUGGAAAAAACUAAAUAGGAUCAACUAUUGUAUAUAAAUUGUAAAAUAUCCAACCUUUGGGGGCUGAAGGGAUACUGCUAAAAGUAAAAAUUGACCACACAUCCCAUAUUACCUGCUCCAGCGUUCAUCAGUGAAAAUUAGUUAAUUCAAAUUGAUUUUUGUCUGCUACAGAUUGUGACAGGAAUGUUGAUGCAGCUUUUCUGUCUAGAUAGACACCAAAUAUAUAAUUUUCAAUUACUACUGUAUCAGAAGGCCUUUUAUAUUGUGCUCAAGGUUAUAUUAUAUAUAAUAAUCUUCAGUUUGCUGAGUGAAUAAUGGAUUUCCAACCAUUCAAAUGGAAGAUGAAUGAGGGAUUACUUAGUUAAUACAGGCCAGAACUAGAUGUGAUGGGAGGCUCAUGGCUGCCGCUGAAAACAGCAGCCCCGCAACUCCUCCCCCAGUGACCUUGAGUAACACAAAAUGCACAAUGAGGCACCGUUAACCUGUUUUUUCCCUGCUCCUAGAACAACAGUGUGUUGCUUUAGUGGACAUCACUGGGUAAGAAAGGCGGACAAGAUGCAGAGAGGCUGUAUUUGGUGGCACCAGGGUCAGGCCCAGCUCCAGCCUUCACAAAAGGAAAGGUAGAGUAAUUGAGGCUUUGCCAGAAAGGUGUCGAAGGUCAUAAUUUGUUCCCCUCGCGUAUUCCGUUGUGGGCACAAGUGGCACAAACUCCUGGAAUGUCUUGGAAUUGUUCUGUGCCCGGAUCCCCUCCAUCGUGAGUGGUGCACACCCUGUCUUUAUCCAAGGUGCUGAUCUGGGAGGGGUGACAGUGCCUGCAGCUACUCAAUGCCUGCCUGCCUGGCUCAUUUACUUCACCCACGUUAAAUCCAAGCCAUGCAGGAUGGCUUCGCCUUGGCGCUACUAUUUUCUUUUCAUCGUCUGAACGACAAGAAGUAGUAACGAGACAAUGACGUUUGAGCAGCUAUUCUUUAUUUUGUGUUUGCUUCCGCGCUGAGAGGUAUUUUGUACUGUAAGGUAACUUUCAUCUGUCAGUAUGGGCUUCUUGGAGAACUUGGGAACAGUGCUCUUGCUUGAAUGGAAUGUGUUUAUUUUUACUGCUGCUUCUGUCUGCCUCUUGGAUUGUAUUAAAUAACUGGGGUUAUAAUUUGCGCACAAAGUGAGG